CCAGGCAGAAGGCAUGGACGUCUACAUUACAUUCCGCUAAAGUUAUAAUAUUAAAAUUUGUAAAUAACACAUAAAAGAUUCAUAUUUAGUUUUAAAGAGUUAAUAUCUUCGAGUGUCUUUACGUUCAGUGCUUUAUAGAAAUUAAUAUGUCUUCAAGACGUAGUGUUAAAAUGGACAUACGACUGGCAGCGUUAUUAAUGUCGCUGUUUCUCGUCCAAAACGAGAUUCGUGCCGUGAAUUGCGAGAUUCCGGCUUCUUCUAUUUCUGACGUUAAAUCAGAUACUGCUACUCCAAUAUACAACAGUUACAUUCCAGCGGUUUCGUCAUCACUGUCAUCAGACAACAGUCAGACUUUGGCAAAUUCGUGGAGAAAUUUUGAAGGCACUAAGAACCAUCUGUCAUUGUCACCUGGUGAUAUAAUGAAGAAGGUUAUGUCAAAAGGUUGUUCCCACCGAUACACGCUGACGUGCCUUAAACUAGACGUGGUAUCAUUAGUCGAUCGUCUUUCCGAAACAGACAAAUAUCAAUUAUUACCGGGUGUGACGGUUGUUAGGGACAAUUCUAGUGCCGAUACCGGAAAUGGCGAUGACGAAACUACAUCUGACAGGAAGUUUCCUGCGGAAUUGGUUGCAUCUCUCGCCAGGGAUUAUCCUAAUGACGUGGACUCGCGUCUGGACGCAUUUCUGAUACGAAAGAUUGGACAGUAUCUUAAUUCUCACUCCAUCACAGUCAAAUUGUUUGACGAAGAGAGUUUCGCAAGGGCAAGACAGCUGGAACUCGAAGCUGCUGAACAGCUCGAUCAAACUAAUUCAGAUGUCACGCACACAGGUCGUCGUGGCGGUGGCGGCGGCGGCAUCGGAGGCGGUGGCGGCGGUGGGAAGGGUGGCAAAAAGGGCAUGGGUCAGCUGCUCAUGGCGGCCCUAAUGAUGAAGGGCACGUUGUUACCGAUUGCGUUCGCUGCCCUGGCAGGGCUGGCGGGCAAGGCCCUGAUGACCGGUCUGCUGUCGCUCAUGCUAUCUGCCAUAAUUGGGCUCAAGUCUCUCACGAGCCAUGGGGGCAAGCAGGCAGUGACGUACGAGAUCGUCCAGAAGCCCGUUUACUCCCACGCACACUCGCAUUCUCACGAACUGCACCACGAGCACUUGGGGGGUGGCCACAGCGGGGGUGGAGGCGGUGGAGGCGGCGGAGGUGGCUAUGGACACUCGUCAUAUGGCCGGAGUUUUAAUCUGGAGCCUGGAGUUACUUUCCGAGACGAGACCUCGGAAGAUAUCAACCAUAGCAAUAUACAGAGUGAUGCCGAUCUGAAGAUAGAGACAGACUCUCAACAAAUGGCUUACAGUGCUUAUGUAACACAAGGAAGCGAGGUGGGUCACGGCUCAUUACCACAAGCGUCUACGUUGACUCAAAAGAGCUAGCGAAUAGCACGAUGUAUUUCUGACGUGGUAAUAAUUAACUAAGAUUACAAACACAUUGAUUUCUAAUUAACCAUGUAAAUCAUAUAGGCUUCAAUACGUAAUUUAUGAACCUUAGACAUAGUAAAUAAUUUAUGUCGAACAUUAAAUUAAGUUUAUUUUAAAAUAAUUGCAAAGUUAAUGAGUAACCUUCAUUUUAGUUAUAUAACAAUAAUUACUGGAUAAAUACUUCAGGAUAACAGGUGUGAAUAACAGAAGCUCCCUUAAUUUGUUUCGCUUCCUGAAUAACAUAAAAUGCAUCUCUGCUGCACAAACGUUAACUGACGAAGUGACUUGAAUCCACAAAAUAUGAAAACACGUACAAUCAACAAAACUAAGACAAAGAGAAGAACGCAGACUUUACUGAUAAAUCUUACGUAUAUACAUAUCAAGAAAACGAGAAAAUAGUAUGACAACAAUUUCACUCGAAACGAAUACAGAACUAUAUAUAUUUUUUUUUUCAAAAUAAAAUGUCCCUACUUACGCGUAAUUUGUUUAUCCGAUUUUAUGUAUUUUCCACUUUCAUUCUUAGGAGUAGGUCGUAUUUACGCCCCCGCUCGUCACUCUGCACUAAUAUCAACAUUUUCAUUUUGCUAUUGUAAUUUGUUCAUAUAACGCCAUAUUUAUAUGUUCAUGUGCCUUUCUAUGAUAUUACAAUGUUGUGUGACUUUAUAGUACCUAACGAAAUACGAUCACAACAGCCAAAUGUGACGUUUAAGAACUUCCGCAAAACAACGUAAUCUUCCAUUUUAAUAAUAUAUUUACAAAAAAAAUUAUUCGUUACGCUGCAAUCUUCUGGACGCAUCUGUGGUAUAUAUCGGGAUGUACUGUAUCGAAAAAAUUCCUUAACAUAUUUUGAACAUCCGUUCUAUUCACUUACACGUUCAUGUUUUUAGAAAAUAAAAUAAUUAUGUUUUCUGAAGCUGUUAACGUCUCAAAUGGUCAACCCAUCUGAAUAUAAAGCUCAUAUCUAAGUUAAUCUUCUCAAAAUUAAAUCAUUAAAUAAAAUUAAUCAAUUACUUUUGCUCACGAUUACAGUAACUGGUACAGAAUACGUUUAUUUUAUAGCUGCAUAUUAUCACUAUCAGCUGCACUGUAUGUUCCGAAGCACACUGAUAUUAAUAACAGAUAAUAAUUAAUUAUUUAAUAAUUUCUACUUUUCGAGUCUCAACAAAUUACAAAGCUUUUAUGUAUAUAAAUUUAUUUUUAGAUAUUUUUAAAAUAUCAGGAGAGAGAAAAACUUUCCUUUUCAGUAACAAUUCCACACAUUAUAGUAACACGAGGAAGACAACGUUUUAAAAUCGACCUGUCUCAUUUAUAACAUGAAAAAGUUUCCCUUAUACGCCAUUCAGUCCCAAACUACUGACAUUUUUCUACAACAGAUCCAUACAGUUUUAUUUCUUUCUCUGAAGACCCUCUUUUAAGUAUGAUAACUUCUUAGACCACACCAACCACAAACAGAACGUGACAUAUUCGCCGGACAACUUAUUAAUUUAACAUAAACUGCUCCAAUUACGCAUCUUAAUACUUUUGCUCUGACAGAGUUCAGCGCGCUUGGAAUCUGUACAAUAUAACACUUUAUAUCAGCCCUAACUAACCACUAUAUAUGGUAUGACUUCGCAAAAAGCAGCCCGGAAUAUGAUAGUACCUCUGGAACGUUCUAAACCUAACAUCGCCGGACGCCUGGUUGUGCGUCUUCGUAAAAUUUGCGCUGAAAUAUCACGUGUACUGUACACCAUUCCACAUGACAGUACUUGAAGGAUGUAUUAAAUGUAAGCUUAACAUCAUACAACAUGAAAUGUGCCCAUAGUGCGAUGGUUCUAACCUUGUGCAUGCCUUAUAAAUAUAAUUUUAGUGUUUUCACUGACUGAAGUACUACUCUAUAUUUCUGGCUGCUUUAUACUGGACAUUGCUGUGGUCUAUAUGACAAUUUUAUUACGAAUAUGAAAGACACACAGAUGAACAGACCUGAAUACUAGACUGCUAUUUGACAUAAAAUUAGACUGGUAACAUAAAUUGACAAAAUAAUUCCCCAGAAGACAACUGAAUGGUAUUUUGGAAAAAGUUCAUUAAAACCCUAUUUUAAAAUACGCUCUGUAAAGAAACCAAUACAUUUUUUUAAGUAAUAAGACAGGUUGUAUAAAAUGUAGUUAUCUGUCCGGAUGCCUACAAAUAGUUAAUCCUAUUCUGCCUGUUUUACGUUUGUGGGAAUGAUAGAAUGAUUUGUAAACAACGAAUUAUAAAUAACAUUUAUGGAAGUGAUCGUAGCCGAUCAUCACGAUAUUUCCUUAGAGGGACCAAGGAAUACCACGAUAAAUCUGUCACAAUAGCCGACAGCCAACACGAGAAUUUAAGCUGGCAGUCACCCCCGUGCUGUAGUGAGAAAUUAGAAAUCACAAUUGUAGGUAUUUUAUGUGACGAACUUACUGCCCUCUGUGAAUCUUUAAUCUAAAGAAAUCAGGGACUCUGCAUCAUCUAUUCUCUACAUUAUGACAUUACCAAAAGUAUAUCUCACACCAUCUCAGCUUAAAAGCCAUAGAAACACUCAAAUAUGCUUACACCAUAAAACACGGAACUUUCAGAUAGCCUUUCAAUUAUAAGCGAAAAUAAUGUAUAGCAAACUUAUUGAAUAUAUGUAGGCCUACGGUGAUAUUAGAAAUUAUUACGAACAUCUCAAUGACAGGACUAUUAAUACAUGAAGACUAUGGAAACAAAAUUAAUUGAAAUGUACCAUAACAAACACAGAUAAUGUUAUUUGUCUAAUAGCAGUAUUAAUACAGAAAUAAAUAUAUGACGUACAAGUAACAACUUAAUGGUUCUUAUACUUUGACGAUGACAGGUAGUCACAAAAUUUAUCAGACAGACAUCUGAACUGACUAAAGCAUUAUUAGGACGAAAAAUGGUUACGCUAUUUUACAACAAAUAAAGCAUGACAGACAGAAAGACAACAGUACACGAAGGAAUAAUUGUUGAAGUCUUUUAAGGCCCUUAGAAGCCAUAUUGAAUUACGAAAUACGUCAUUUCUUAUUAAUUUUAAAUUAGCAUAAUAAGAUAACCAUAUACUCCUAUACUCAAAAGUAUCAGAAGAGUUUUAUUUAUAUUACAGUUAUAGUAUUUAUAAACAAUAUAAACAAUCUAGAGUUCAUGUAAAUGAAACUGCAGUGUUCCCCGUGGGAAAUUCUGUACAAUUACGUAUGUACUAAAAUAUUUUAUUUUAAUAUAUUCAUUACUCAGAUACAAGGUGUAUUAAUAUCUGUAAUAAAAUGUUUUGACUUUAUACAUAAUUUAAAUAACAGGACCUUAAAAUGAUUAACAUUUUAUUUCGUCCCAGAAACAUGUGGACACAGACAAUACAUUUGUAAUGUAUUUGAAUUUAUUCUGAAUAAAGACUGCAGAAUCUUAG